UAGUCAUGUUAUGGCCUAUAAAUAAAGGCACAUUUUCUUCCUAGCAAAGCACAUCAACUUCAAACACAUAGCUCUAAAAAUGAAUUCCCUUAGUCUCAUAGCAACAGCUCUAUGCUGUGUAGUUGUUGUGUUUGGAGGACUACCCUUCUCUUCAAAUGCACAGCUUAGUCCAGACUUUUACGCCAAAACAUGUCCCCAAUUGCAAUCUAUUGUGUUUCAAAUCUUAGAGAAGGUUUCUAAGACUGAUUCUCGAAUGCCUGCGAGUAUCAUUAGGCUUCACUUUCAUGAUUGUUUCGUUCAAGGUUGUGAUGCAUCAGUUUUGUUGAAUAAAACUUCUACUAUUGCGAGUGAACAAGAUGCUGGUCCAAAUAUAAACUCCUUAAGAAGAUUGGAUGUUAUCAAUCAGAUUAAAACUGAGGUGGAAAAAGUUUGUCCUAAUAAAGUUUCUUGUGCUGAUAUUCUCACACUUGCAGCUGGAGUAUCUUCAGUUCUGAGUGGGGGUCCAGGUUGGAUCGUUCCAUUGGGAAGAAGGGAUAGUCUAACAGCAAAUCAAUCCCUUGCCAAUAGAAAUCUUCCAGGUCCCAGCUCCAGUCUAGAUCAACUUAAAUCUUCCUUUGCUGCUCAAGGACUCAACACGGUUGAUCUAGUAGCACUCUCAGGUGCCCAUACAUUAGGAAGAGCACGUUGUCUUUUCAUACUUGAUCGAUUAUACGACUUCGACAAUACUGGCAAACCUGAUCCAACUCUUGACCCAACAUACUUAAAACAGUUGCAAAAACAAUGUCCUCAAAAUGGACCUGGAAAUAACGUUGUCAAUUUUGAUCCAACAACUCCCGAUAAAUUCGACAAGAACUACUACAACAAUCUUCAAGGUAAAAAGGGUUUGCUUCAAAGUGACCAAGAAUUGUUCUCAACACCGGGUGCAGAUACCAUUAGCAUUGUCAACAACUUUGGAAACAACCAAAAUGUUUUCUUCCAGAACUUUAUAAAUUCAAUGAUUAAAAUGGGUAAUAUUGGCGUGCUUACUGGAAAGAAAGGAGAAAUUAGAAAGCAGUGCAAUUUUGUUAACAAGAAAUCUUCUGAAUUGGAUCUUGCUAGUGUGACCUCAGAAUCAAUGGAGGGGGAUAUGGUUAGUUCAAUCUAAAUGAAUGUGGGUUACUUUAGUUGAAAUGCAUGUGGUGAUUGGAAUUCACUAAUAAAGAAAAGUGCUAGCUAGGCACAUCUGUGCCUUGAUGUGUAUGUUAUGUGCUUUAUGUGUGCAAGAUAAUCUUUUUUUUUUCUAAGUAAUUUUCAUUAUAUUAUAGUAUAUCCUCUCUUUCCGUCA